CACAAAAACGUAGACAUUCCUCCGAUGAAAGGGCGUCGGAUUCAAAUGAGCAUUGGUCUCGCGAUAUUACCGUGUAGUACGUUAUAUCCUGUGCGUGGUGACAGUUUUUGAACAGUCCAAUAGACGUUGGCGCUCGGAUGCUCUCCGCUCGAAUAGCCCAAUCAGAAGAGUUUGUAGCAGGAAUUUAAAGGUCUGAACCACCCUGUCUGACAAUUACAUCCUUUCAGCUUCGACGAGGUAAGCAUGUGUCAUCGUUUCGAAGUGUUACAUAAGGAAUUUAAUUUUCUUUUUAAAAAUAAUGUUGUCCUCCGCUGUUCUGUGAUAGGGUUAACGGUAUUCAAGCUAACGUUAGUCGAAGGUGGACCUGUUUUAGUACUAGAGCUGAGAUCUGUUCAGUUUGACAUGUGUGUCAGUCUUCCCGCUGUCGGGUCAUGAGGUAGCAGAAAGAAAGCUAAUCUUGUUCAAACUUAUUUUUCCCUUCAGGAUUAAAACAUCUCAACUUUUCUGCUUCAUUUCCGCCGAGCUUCAUUUACCUGAAAAUGUCUGAGAACGUCGCUCGUCUGAACAAAUUCAAGAACAAAGGCAAAGAUGCCAACGUGAGUGUUUUUUUUUUUUCAUUGAAAGUUAGAAAUGUUGUUAUCCCUCUUCACACAGGUGAUUGUAAUCAUUGUUUUCAUGUGUUUUUUCAACAGGAACUUCGUCGCAGAAGAGUGGAGGUGAACGUAGAGCUGAGAAAGGCGAAGAAAGAUGAUCAGAUUUUCAAGAGACGAAAUGUGUCCGCGUUUCCCGAUGAGGCCACUUCCCCUCUACAGGAGAGGACCCAGAACUGUCAGGUAGGACUUUAAAAUCCGCUAAAUAUGAUCUAGACCUGCUCUUUUUGUUCAGUAUCUUUAGAUAACACUGGUGAUUGAUGCUAUAAGUAGAAUUAUUAAUAGAUUUUGCAUUACCUCUGAGUGUGGUUUUCAUGUAGGCUAUUUCUAGCAUAUGUCUUCUCUUCUCAUCUGUGCAUGAAGUAGAUUUAUGAAAAUACCAGUAUGACUUUUGUUCCAAAAAAGUUAAGAUGCUGUGUAAAAUGUUUACAAAAGGCAUUGCCUGGUAGCAAAUGUUGCUCCAUAAUCUUGAUGUGUUGUUCAGCAUUGAUGGUGCCUUUCCAGAUGUGUAGGCCACAAAUGCAGGCUUCUUAACUGCCCAUUUACAACAAGCUAAGUAGUCCCCCCUCCUCUUUAGAACUGUGGACAUGGCAUCCAUGAUUUCCAAGAAGAAUGUCCAAUUUUGAUUGGUCAGACUACAGGGCAGUUAUCCACUUCACAUAAGUCCACCAUGAAUGCGCUCAGGCUCAGAGGUUUUGAACAAUGUCAAUAUAGGAUAUCCUCUUGGCGUGGUACAGAAUAGCCUGCUUGUUAAAAUGUGUUCACAGACAAUGACUUUUGGAAGUGAUUUUGAGGCCGUGCAGUGAUUUCCACUGCUGCAGAGUCAUGUAUAUUUUUAGUUUAUUGCAGCCCAAGGGCCCCAAAAUCACAGCCACUCAGUAGCAGCUUUUGACAUUGUACCUUUUGUACAGAGAUCGAUCAGAUUCUUCUUACAUAUAGGCUUUAUUCUGUCUUUAUCAACAUUUUUUAAACUGGAUUUGUGUGUGUACAUAGCUAUUUUUCUGUCCUACUAAAAUGUAUGCUGAUUUUUUUUUUUUUUUUCUCUGCAGGCAGCCAAACAGUGGACAGUCGAUGAGGUUGUUGCAGGAGUGAACAGUGGUAUUACUGAGACCCAGCUCCAGGCUACACAGGCUGCAAGGUAACAACACUUCACUCCUGAAUAUUACUCAGUUUUUACUACACUAUAGAUAUGAGUGACUACUUUAACAGUUGAAGCCUCAAACACAACUUUGAUUGCUAAAUCAAUAUGUAAACCACUAAAGCACUUGUCAUCUGCUAUCAAAAUUCAAGAGCUGUGACAUGGCAUUCAUGGUAAUUAAUUAUACAAUGAUAAUGAACAACAGUAGCUGUGUUUUAAAAGAGGGUGUAAUGUCAUGCAACAACUGUCUGUGGUUUUUCUUAAAUUUGACACAUAAAUUCAGUCAAACUUGUAGUUGUAUUCUAUACAAGCAUAACCUUAACUGUAGCAGUAGUGGUGACUGAAUGUCUCUUGUUGAAUGUACCAUAAUUAUUCUCUUACUCCUCUGUCCUGAUCGCAGGAAGAUGCUGUCCCGUGAAAAACACCCCCCGAUCGACCUGAUGAUCAGCGCUGGUCUGAUUCCCAAAUUUGUUGCCUUCUUGGGGCUCACGGACUGUCCUCCAAUUCAGUUUGAGGCAUCCUGGGCUCUCACCAACAUCGCUUCUGGGACAUCAGAGCAGACGGCUGCUGUGGUGGAGGGUGGGGCCAUCCCUGCGUUCAUCAACCUGGUCACUUCCCCCCAUCAGCACAUCAGCGAGCAAGCUGUCUGGGCCCUGGGAAACAUUGCUGGUAAGUUAACUCAAUGUUUUGAUCUCAUAUGGCCAAAAGUGAGCAAAGAAUAAGACUUAAAUGUGUAUUUAUUUUUGUUGUUCAGGUGAUGGAUCGGCUCUCAGAGACAGGGUCAUUAAGCAUGGAGCCAUUGCCCCUCUGCUCAGUCUGCUGGCUGUCCCUGACCUCUCCGUCUUUAAUGUAAUUAUUUUCAACUCCUCAUCUAUUUAUUUUUGUUUGUGUCUUCAACAGGAAACCACUUCUUUAAAAAUGUCAGUCGUUUGUACCCCUUUUCACCCACAAGGGGGCACCCUAACUCAACCAAAAGCACCUCCAAACCUUAAACUUCUUCCUGUCCCUUCUUUUAUACCUGUUCCCUCUAUAGCCUGGCUACCUGAGAAAUGUCACUUGGACGCUAUCUAACCUCUGUCGCAACAAGAACCCCUCCCCUCCCCUGGAAGCCAUCCAGCAAAUCUUGCCUUCCCUCAUUCGUCUCCUUCACUGUGACGAUCUGGAGGUGUUGGCUGAUGCUUGUUGGGCAGUUUCAUACCUGACAGAUGGCUCCAAUGACCGCAUCGAGGUGGUGAUCCAAACCGGCUUGAUUUCUCGCUUGGUGAAGAUGCUUGGUUUUGAUGAGCUGCCCGUGGUGGUACGUAUAAAGUCUCGCCUGUUUGCACUCAGUACGAAGCUUUAAAUAUGUACAGAUGUGCUCUAAGUAAAUGACAAUUGUGAGAUUAACCAAGUUCUUACAAUUUUACUAUGUCUCUACAAAUUUACAUGAGCUUUCCAAACUGAGGAUAGUACCAGAGAAUAAAAGACCCCCAUGUGAGUACAGUAAAUUGACCCCUCUCCUUCCUCCCAUCAGACCCCUGCGCUGCGGGCCAUCGGCAACAUUGUGACCGGUACAGACGAGCAGACUCAGGCAGUGCUGAACGCCGGGGCCCUGACCAUGUUCCCCAAGCUGCUGCGCCACAAAAAAGCCAACAUCCAGAAGGAGGCGGCCUGGACUCUGUCCAACAUCACAGCAGGGAAGGACAGCCAAAUCCAGGAGGUCAUCAACGCUGGACUUGUCCACUACAUGGUCGAUAUGCUCGUGAAGGUACGUGACGAGCAGUCUGAUUAUUUUCACUCCUAGGAAAAGCAACAGUAGUUGGUGGUAAAAUGUACACUACACUGAUAAAGGUGAUAAGCUUCAGACAAGUUUGACCUCAUGUGGAUAGAUCCGACAGCCUCCAAAAACAUCUGGCAGCCGUUUUUUUGUGUUAUUUACAUUUUUUUUUUUUUUUUUUUUUUUGUAGUCGUAGUGAAUUAGAAAAUCUUUUUUUUUAAUAUUACAAAUAAAUAUCAGUGAAAUAUGGGUACAGAACACAAGUUCUUAGCUUUUGCCUGCAGAACCUGACCAAUAGAGGAGAUCCUUCCAAAAAUACAUAUGUCAUGUUUUCAAUAUAUUUUUUCACAUUUUGGGGAGUGAAUUUGAGUUCAUGUAGUACUUACUCUAGCACCAUAAAAAUCAAAGUUGAUGGAGUAGUGGGCAAAUCUCUGUUCUCUUUUCCAGUAAGAUAAUUAACAAUGCUUUACAGGUCAUGGGGUCUAUAUAAUGUUUCGAACAUGACACCUUGUAAUUCCAUAUUUCAGUUAAAUGACAGCUGUUUAGUGUCCCGCUGCACUGAUAACAUGAUCUGAAAAUCAGCAGAAUGAAGAAUAUAACUUCAGUUUUAGCAGCGAAGAGCAAAGCUGUGUUACUCAUCAUAACCUUCUUUUGUCUGCAGGGUGACUACAAAACCCAGAAAGAGGCCGUGUGGGCCGUUACCAACUUCACCAGCGGGGGCACUGUUCAGCAGGUGGUUUACCUCGUCCAGGCUAACGUGCUUGAGCCUCUUCUUAAUCUCCUCUCCUCUAAAGACAGCAAAACUGUCCUGGUCAUCCUGGACGCCAUCACCAAUAUCUUCCUGGUGAGUCCAAUACCUUUUGUAGAUGUAGAAGCUUUGACUGAAGCUAAAUCUGAUUGUUUACAGGAUGAUGGCUGUGAAUUAUUUGUGCUCAUGAGUGUUGUACUUUCAGGCUGGGGAUAAAAUUGGUGAGUCAGAUAAGCUGAGUCUGAUGAUUGAAGAGUGCGGAGGACUGGAUAAGAUUGAGGCUCUGCAGGCACAUGAGAACGAGAUGAUUUACAAAGCAGCCCUCAACCUGAUUGAAAAAUACUUCUCGGAAGAGGUAAGAGUCACUCCUUUAAGUUCUUAAAGAUACUUCUUGAGUGUAUUUCUAAUUGCCCUGACUGAUUUGUAUCCUUUUUGAUUCACAAAGGAGGAGGAGGUUCAGAGUGUGGCCCCAGAAUCAACUAGUGACGCCUAUGCCUUCAGCAUCGGUGAAAACCAGAGCACUUUCAACUUCUAGCAACCUUCAAAAACCUCUAAUCUCAUCUGUACUGUUCUCUCAUCGUCUGUCCUCUGUUCAUAUCACUGUGGACUUCUCCUGUUUGUACCUAUGAGCUGUACAUACUUUUUUAAUGUGACUGUAAAUAAAGUUGUCUAAUUAUGUC